UACAAUCCCCAUGACCACAUCAGGUCAUACGGAAGUAAUUCUUUGCGAUAAAUCUUGUUCCGCUUUUCUGUUCAUUCCUUUCCUGUCUGCGGCCUCCGUCAAGAUGGCGGUCCAAAUCUCUAAGAAGAGAAAGUUUGUAUCAGACGGAGUCUUCAAAGCCGAGCUGAAUGAGUUCCUGACCCGAGAGCUGGCUGAGGACGGAUACUCCGGCGUGGAGGUUCGUGUCACACCAACAAGAACAGAGAUCAUCAUCCUAGCUACCAGAACUCAGAAUGUCCUGGGAGAGAAAGGCCGCCGUAUUCGUGAACUUACUGCUGUGGUUCAGAAGCGUUUCGGCUUCCCCGAAGGAAGUGUUGAGCUCUAUGCUGAGAAGGUCGCCACCCGUGGUCUGUGUGCCAUCGCUCAGGCAGAGUCACUGCGCUACAAGCUGCUCGGCGGUCUGGCUGUCCGUAGGGCCUGCUAUGGUGUGCUGCGUUUCAUCAUGGAGAGCGGAGCCAGGGGUUGUGAAGUUGUUGUCUCUGGUAAGCUGAGAGGUCAGAGAGCCAAGUCCAUGAAGUUUGUGGAUGGCCUGAUGAUCCACAGCGGAGACCCUGUUAACUACUACGUUGAUACGGCUGUCCGUCACGUUCUGCUUAGACAGGGUGUGCUUGGAAUCAAGGUGAAAAUCAUGCUGCCCUGGGACCCCAGCGGUAAGAUCGGUCCUAAGAAGCCCCUCCCUGACCACGUCAGCAUUGUGGAGCCCAAAGACGAGGUUCUUCCCACCACCCCGAUUUCUGAACAGAAGGGAGCCAAGCCUGAGGUUCCCGUGAUGCCACAGGGAACUCCAGUGCCGACUGCAUAAAUGGUUCAGCAGACACUGAUGGAAGUUCUACAAUUUUCUGUAUAAAAAAUAAAUAAAGGGGUAAAAACAA